GCCACCUCCACCGCGGUCAUCAUGUCGCAGGCCCGGCCUGCUACAGUGCUAGGUGCCAUGGAGAUGGGGCGCCGCAUGGACGUGACCUCCAGCGCCGCGUCGGUGCAGGCCUUCCUGCAGCGCGGCUACAACGAGAUAGACACCGCCUUCCUGUAUACGGACGGUCAGUCCGAGACUAUCCUAGGCGGCCUGGGGCUCGGGCUGGGCCGGAGCGGCUGCAAAGUAAAAAUUGCCACCAAGGCUGCUCCCAUGUUUGGGAAGACAUUGAAGCCUGCUGAUGUUCGGUUCCAGCUGGAGACGUCACUGAAGCGGCUGCAGUGUCCCCGGGUGGACCUCUUCUACUUACACAUACCUGACCACAACACUCCUAUAGAGGACACACUGCAGGCCUAUCACCAGCUGCAUCAGGAGGGCAAGUUUGUGGAGCUUGGUCUGUCCAACUAUGCUUCCUGGGAAGUGGCUGAGAUCUGUACCCUCUGCAAGAAAAAUGGCUGGAUCAUGCCAACUGUGUACCAGGGCAUGUACAAUGCCACCACUCGGCAGGUGGAGACUGAGCUCCUCCCCUGCCUCAGACACUUCGGACUGAGGUUCUACGCCUACAACCCUUUGGCUGGGGGCCUGCUGACUGGCAGAUACAAAUACCAGGAUAAGGACAGGAAGAAUCCUGAAAGCCGAUUCUUUGGGCAUCAGUUUUCCCAGAUAUACAGGGACCGCUACUGGAAGGAGGAACACUUCAAUGGCAUCGCCUUGGUGGAGAAGGCUCUGAAGUCUACCUAUGGCACCUCUGCCCCCAGUAUGAUCUCAGCUGCCCUGCGGUGGAUGUACCAUCACUCACAGCUCAAGGGCGCUCAUGGGGAUGCAGUCAUCCUGGGCAUGUCCAGUCUGGAGCAACUGGAGCAGAACUUGGCCUUCGUUGAGGAAGGGCCCCUGGAGCCGGCGGUCGUGAAAGCCUUUGACCAAGCCUGGAACCUGGUUGCCCAUGAGUGUCCCAACUACUUCCGCUAAGAUGCAUCUGAUUUGGGAGGUGCAGCUUACAGGCUGUCCCUCCUUGUCCUGGACUAGAUCUGAUUCGGUUGUUCUUUCCCUCUCCCUGCUGACUUCCUAUACACCCAGUUGCCUUCAAUGUCAGAGCUGGCUGAGCCCCAAUACUUCCUGUUGAAUAAAACUGUUAUCUGUCACGGCUGUAGCCCAGGCUACAGCAGACCUGGUGGCCUUCUCUUGAAUGCCUGAGGCUUGCCUCCUUUUUCUUCUGAGGGCCCAAUGGAGAUGGGCAGGAGUAUGCCUGGUCUUUAGAGAGCAGGGGCUUGGCAGUGGCACAACGCUUCCCUCAGAAAAACUGCCAGGUUCUAUCUGGCACCAGAUUCAUACUUUCCUCCCGACUGUGGAGUCCCAUGGCAGUGGACAGCAGCUAGGUGCUCUCCGCUCCAACGCUCAUUUGCCUAAGACAUCAGAUUACACAAGUUGAAGGCUAUGCACUUUAAACAACCAUCCUCCACUCAGGACACAGGCAACAAGAAGCUGAAAGGCCACCUGGUAAGCCAAGGCUCUUCCCCAGGGUCAACAGAGCAGGAGGCAGGAGCUUGGCCUAAGUAAAAACAGACCCCAAGGAAGGCAGUGAGUACUAAGGAGUAGGGCUGGGGCAUCUCUCUGGUCCCUUGGAUUUUGAGACAAUGUGCCUAUGUAGCCCUGUCUUGAAUUCUGUCCCCCAAGUGCAGCAUUAAAGAUGUGAGACAUCACCAACUGGCCUUUUCAAGAUAGGAUGCCAUACAUUCUAGGCUGGCCUUGAACUAUGUAUCAGGCCCCCUUGUCUCUAGUUCCCAAUUUCUGGUGUAUAUUACCAAGCCUGCCUUUUUUCAACCUCAUAGUUGAUUGGUAUCAAACUUUUUUUUCCUUGAGACAGGCUCUAUGUAGCCAUGGGUGGCCUCCUAUUCAGAAACAGGCCUGCUCCAGCCUCCCCAGCGGUAGGACUAAAAGGGGUAUGCUGUUAUAUCGGGCUUGACCUCAAACUUCCAAUCCUACCUCAGCCUCCUGAGGUGCUGGGUUUCCAGGCAUGAUCAUAUUGGCUUCUCCUGUUUUUUGUUUAUUUUUUUUUUGGGGGGGAGGGGGCAUGAUCAUGAAGACCUAAGGCCCGUCUCAUUCAGUCUUGCUAUUCACCACACACAACCCUCCUCUAGGGUAGAGGUCAGGAACCCUGAGAAUUUUCUGACCCACAGGCCCAACAACAUCAUCACAGUUUCUGUGUUGCUGCUAGGAGAACCUGCCGGCCUUAAGCAUGGUUUCUGAUAAAGGCAAACGCUUUACCACUGACUUGUAUAGUUCUAGCCUUCUGUGGUAUAUGGCUCCUAGCCAGCCAGGUGUGGUAGCACUUGAGGACCAGAGGCCAGAGAACUGCUUCAAGUUCAAGACCAGCUUGUGCUUCAAUGAGAGCCUAAACAACCGCCUGUUCCCAAUUCCGACAGUAGCCUCCCCCUGCCUGAGUGGCAAGCCUGUGUUCCUGGCAUGUCAGUCUGAGCCCUGGCUGGCAUGUUUAUGUAUUAAGUGAUGAAGCUGUCAGAGAAUUAGCCUUCUUCAGCAAACCCACUGCAAGCAAAGGGCCAGAGGGGAACCCAACUCCGGGAGUGUUCUCAGCUA